UAUAUUCAUGAUUUGUUUGUUCUAUUUAUGGAAACUUUUCAUGGAUUGCUAGGAUUUCUUGAUUUGGUUGUCUUAAAAAAAUUGACCUUUUAAGUGAUUGUUCAUAUUCAUGAUUUGCUUGUCUCAAAUCUUGGUUUAGCUACCUUUCUAUUUUUGGGAACUUUCUCAUGAAUUGGUAGGAUUUCUUGAUUUUGUUGUAUAGUUUUGUCUUAAAAAAAAAAAAGUUGAUUCAUAUUCAUGAUUUGCUUGUAUCAAAUCUUGAUUUAGAGACCUUUCUAUUUUUGUAAACGUUCUCACGAGUUUCUUAGCCACUUGACUGUAAGGAAAAAGACGUUUAAGUGAUUCAAACACUUGAUUAUAAGAAGGUGGAAAGAGAACAUUUCUGAAGAACUUCUAAUACGUUAAGGGCAUUUUUUCGCGAAGAAGAAAAUGGUGAGGGGAAAAACUGAGAUAAAAAGGAUUGAAAAUACAACAAGUAGACAAGUGACAUUCUCAAAAAGAAGAGGUGGACUACUUAAGAAGGCAUUUGAACUCUCAGUUCUUUGUGAUGCUGAAGUUAGUCUUAUCAUUUUUUCUCAAAAAGGAAAACUUUUUGAGUUUUCAAGUUCAAGUACUAACAAGACAAUAGAACGUUAUCAAAAGAAUGACAAGAAUUUGGGUCAUGAAAAUAUAUUACUUGAACAAACUACAGAGCAUUUGAAGGGGGAGGUUAUGAGCAUGACUAGGAAUCUGGAGGUUCUUGAAAUCUCUAAAAGAAGGCUUUUAGGAGAAGAUUUAGAGUCUUGCUCCAUUGAUGAACUUGAAAAGGUUGAAGGACAAUUAGACCAAAGUUUAAGAAAUAUUAGGGCAAAAAAGAACCAGCUAUUCAAGGAACAAAUUUCUCUUCUUAAAGACAAGGAAAAAGUCCUAAUGAAGAAAAAUGCAGAAUUGCGGGAAAAGUAUGAGGCUCGAUCACUGCCUUUAUUUAUUGAUCGACGAGAAGAUGAAAGUCCUCAAACACAAAAUAUGGAGGUAGAUACACAACUAUUUAUUGGACUUCCUGAAAGAUGAAUAAAGAUGAACUCGAGAUUUAAAAUUUAUAAAUUCGAAAAUUUUAUUUAUUUGAAUUACUAUAUUUUAAAUUAAUAAUUUAUACCUAUUCAAUCGUUUUAUCGAAACAAAUAUAGAAUUAUUUAUAUACUAGUACCGCUCCAUCAAUUACAAGCUUUUGUGACUUCCAUGUAAUUUACUUGAUGACAAAAAAAUAAUAUAAAAAGUAAAUUAAUCAUCAAUAUUUUUACUUAAGCACCACUUAUAUCAUCUUAAUGAAAGGUUAGCUAAUCGACUAAAACAAAUGUCAAGAGGAUUAAGAUCUUGUAAAUUUGAGAGGAUUAACUAAUGGUAACUUAAUCUAUGUGAUCUUAUUUUAAUCUUAGAUCUAGUUGGUUCAUAGUUUAAGAAACACCAAAUUUGAUGCAUUAUCUUCAUUUGUGAAGACUCAGCAAAA